AUUGGCAUCUCCGCCAUGCACAUGCAGCUACUUCCCAACGACCGUGUUGUCAUGUAUGAUCGGACCGAUUUUGGAAUCUCCAAUAUCUCUCUUCCAGAUGGCAAAUGUCGGCCCAACUCAACCGACUGCUCUGCUCACUCCGUMGAGUAUGAUAUUGCAUCGAAUUCCAUACGUCCACUUAUGGURCUCACUAAUGUMUGGUGUUCCUYGGGAAMUUUAAUGCCCGAUGGAAGAUUAGUCCAAACUGGUGGYUGGGAUGAUGGUUAUCGUGUUGUCCGCAUUUAUAAAUCAUGUGAUUCUURUGAUUGGCAAGAGAUACCAAACGGMUUGAAUCAACAAAGAUGGUAUGCCACCAAUCAUAUAUUGCCCGAUGGUAGGCAAAUUAUCAUUGGAGUUCGCAGAGCAUUUAACUAUGAGUUCUACCCAAAGAUGUCAACGACUGAGAACUCACCUAGUUUUCCGUUUCUUGUGCAAACCAAUGAUCCGAACGUUGAGAAUAAUUUAUACCCAUUUGUAUUUCUCAAUCCCGAUGGAAAUCUGUUCGUGUUUGCCAACAAUCGUGUUAUUUUAUUGGACUACUCCAAGAACCAAGUUCUCAAGACUUACCCAACAAUGCCCGAUGGUCAACCAAGAAAUUACCCAAGCACGGGCUCUGCAGUACUACUCCCUUUGCGGAUAAAAAACGGGACCGUAAAUGCUGUUGAAGUCUUGGUUUGCGGGGGUGCACCAAAAGGAGCCUUUGUUAAUGCAAAUAAUGGGAUAUUUGACGGAGCCUUGGAUACUUGCGGCCGCAUCAAAAUAUCAGAYCCUAACCCUCAAUGGGUCAUGGAGACCAUGCCUAUGGCUCGAGUCAUGAGUGACAUGUUGUUGCUGCCCAAUGCCCAGAUUUUGAUCAUCAAUGGCGUAUCCGCUGGGGUUGCUGGGUGGGAACUUGGAAGGAACCCAGUUCUCAGCCCUGUAAUUUACCAAGCAGAUAACCAAGCAGGGUCACGAUUCGAGGUCCAAAACCCCAGCACGAUACCUAGAGUUUACCAUUCCACAGCGGUUUUACUAUGUCGUGGACAUAAAGAUCAAGUCCUUUGCCAACAGAGCUAUCAGAUAUGUCGAGUUCACUGUGGAGAGAGCUCAUAG